AUGCAGUCGUUCCAGACUCGGUUUUGGGCUGUGCGUGACCAUUUUGCACCUGUACUACGCGAAUCCAAAUUUAAGGAGCAUGGCCGAAUUACGCCGGAAGAGUUUGUGCUUGCGGGCGAUUUUCUCGUGCACCAAUACUCAUCGUGGCAGUGGAACACGGGCGAGUUGUCCAAGACACGCGAGUACCUACCCCCAGAAAAGCAGUAUCUCAUGGCGCGCGGCGUGCCGUGUUUUCGACGUGUGAGCCAAUUGCGGGAUCGGCGCCGCCUGAACAAGAUGCUGUCUUCUACGGCAAGCAGCACGACGAGCCUGACUCGCCUGGAAAGGGAAGCGCGCAAGUAUGGAGGCACUGCGGAUGAUACAGAGCGAUUUGUUUCUAUGGACACUGGCGGCAACGAAGCGGCCGAAGACUGGGUGCUGACGCAUGUGCUUUCCACGGAGCAACAUCGCGCACGUCCUCGCGGCAAUGACUCUGGCACGACACUGCGCGAAGUAGACAAUCGCCUUGCCUCGUUCAGCAUUGGAAAAAGCCCGCCCAGCAGCCGCCGCAGUAGUACGCAGACGCCGUCGCAAUGCGGGCAAGCCGAAGCCGAGUCGGAGGAGCUCGAAGGACUCGAGGAGCUCGAGGAAGAAGACCCUGCGUCGUUUGUUCCCACGCUCCUCGUGUCACCGCGGCGCGAAUCCAUGGUAGGCAAACCGAGUAUUACGUCGGUGCGGUCGUACGACUGCAUUCUUACUUACGACAAAUACUACCAGACCCCCCGUUUCUGGCUCGUGGGCUACGAUGCGAACGGCGUGCCGUUGCAGCCCAAGCAAAUUUUCGAAGAUGUCGCAUCGGAGCAUGCCUUCAAGACGGUCACGAUCGAGCCCUUUCCACACGGCAGCCCUGGCUCAGCCGCGAUGGACACGAUACUUGCUUCGCAGGACGAAACUCUACGCACGCCGCGCAGUUUGUCGGUGCAUGUAGCGAGCAUUCAUCCGUGCAAGCACGCAAGCAUGAUGCGCAAACUCAUCCAUCGCGUGAACGGCGCGGGCGCGGAUGAACUGGAAGAUACCCCCCCUUCGAGCACGACACCUUCACGGCGAAACCUUUGGUCGUCUACCCUACAGAACGUCUGGGGCUCUGCGAAGCGCUCAGACGUGGAGACAAACGUGCGUGUGGACGAAUACCUGGUCAUCUUUCUUAAUUUCCUUGCGAGUAUUGUGCCUACGAUUGAAUUGGAUACUACUGCCUCCGUAUAG